ACCAAGCACUCAAGCUGGCAGGCGGCGCUGUAAUCCAUUUCUAAGCUUGUAAAUUCGGUCGUCUGUUCUACCGGCGUCUUCUUCCUACACCUACCACCACACAAGCAACAAUGGCGGCCGCGGCGUCUCUUGCUAACCCCACCACGUUUGCCUCUUCCUUACCCCGUGGCCACCACCACCAAGCGUCUGUUUCUGUCUCCACCUUCAGUUUCUCGAAUUCCAGAAAACAACGCUCAUUCAAAUCCCUAAUUUCCCAAUCUAUCCUGGCUUCUACCUCACCGGUAACACGCCAUACAUCCAUCGUCUCUGCGGCAACAUCUGAUUCAUCUUCAUCCGGUUCCGCCACCUCAUUUCACGGCCUGUGCUAUGUCGUCGGAGACAACAUCGACACCGACCAAAUCAUCCCCGCUGAGUACCUAACCCUGGUCCCAUCAAAACCUGAUGAAUACAAGAAGCUAGGAUCCUACGCUCUCAUCGGACUCCCGGCGUCGUACGAGACUCGAUUCGUUGAGCCUGGGGAGUACCAGUCGAAAUAUUCGAUCAUCAUCGGUGGAGAUAAUUUCGGUUGCGGCUCCUCGCGAGAACACGCUCCGGUGGCUCUGGGGGCCGCUGGAGUAGCAGCGGUGGUGGCGGAAUCAUACGCGAGGAUAUUUUUUAGGAAUUCAGUUGCAACAGGAGAGGUUUACCCAUUGGAAUCAGAGGGUAGGAUUUGUGAAGAGUGCAAAACUGGAGAUACGGUGACGAUUGAGCUUGCACAAAGCCUUCUGAUUAAUCAUACAACUGGGAAAGAGUAUAAAUUGAAGCCGAUUGGUGAUGCUGGACCUGUGAUCGAAGCUGGUGGAAUCUUUGCAUAUGCACGAAAAGCUGGGAUGAUUCCUGCUUAGAAACUUGAGUUCUUUGCAGGUGACUUUAUCUAUCCAUCGAUACUGAUUCAGGUCUUGUGACUUUGUGAUAAAUGUUCUCACUUCAUUUUUCUUGCAUGCAAUUUUCAUUUAUUUCUCUUUUGCGACUUGUAUAAUUGACCCAGAUUAUGAAAACAAAUAAGAUUGUUUGCUUGAUAUUUGCA